AUGGCUCGCAGUGGCGACGACCUGACCAGUUGCAAGCGAGAUGCAAAACUGGAAAACUUCCUCAAGCAGAAACUUAGCGAGAGUGUGUUUGAGAGAGUGCGGGCAUACGAGGCCUGCAUUGCCCAGUCUAAGAAAGUCAAGAGGAAUUUCAAGUUUGUGGUCUUGUCUGAUGAGAGGAUUUAUAUCACUGAUAAUCCACCCAAGGUGAUACGGGAAGAUGAAUCGGUACAUCUGGGUGAUGUCACGUCUAUUCAACUGGUUAAUGAAUUUCCCGACUUUCUCAGCGGGGAUGACAGGGAGAACUCCCAACACAUCUGCAUCAAAUACAGAACCCUGGUACCAAUCACUCGCAGAAAGAAGAGCCUUCGUGACCUGCUGAAGCAACCAGAGAAAAGGGACGGAUCUGAUGGGGACCGGGCCAGGAGUAACCCCAGUAGUGGAACAAGCUCACCGAGUCUGCAGCUGACAACACCAAAGGGAGAAACGGGUAAAGUGGAGGAUUUCAACCUAGGUCAGGCCAACGGGAAAGCACUACAGAAUAGCAAGGAGGCAGCGCUGCGCUUGAAUCACAGCUUCGAUGAGUCAGACUUGAGAGUUCUGCGUCGGAUGAUGGACAGCGAGGAUGAGGAGGAGCAGGAACCAGAUCGGUUGUCUCUCUCUCUGCCCACCAGUGAACUCCAGAAACUCUCCAUGAUGUCUGGUGGCUCCCAGAGCAGCUCAGACCAGAUGGAGAAAUCUUCGUCAAGCUCGUCCCUGGACAGAAAGGAGGCUGUUGAGACCUGCAGGCCACUCCCUCUCCGGCCUGUAACCAACCCUGGAGAGACUCUACGAAGCAUUGAUGUCCCAGACACCUUCACCACAGACUUAGCGACAACUCUAGCCCUGCCCGAUCAGAGCGUGCGGCGGAACAGCGCGACGGCCCACAGGACCCUUCCCUCACCAGAUCCAGCAGACGGGAUCAAAUCAGAACCGUUCCGAUUCCCCUCAUCCAUCAAAGCCAAUGGGAAAUCCAAGGAACAGAUCUUAAAAGAUAGGAAUGGGAACGUACCAGAGAGGCAUAAAUUCAUGAAAUCUAAGAGCGUGGACUCAGGCUCUUCCAAGAGCAAUAGCAGCAUUGGUGAGGAAGGUGAUCAGGAAGACAUCAGGAAGGAGGCAGCUAUCGAGGAGCUACACAUCUACUUGCUGUCUCUCUCCUCACCGUUCCUGAUGCAUCUCAGGAGUUCUUGGAACAACUUCAUUGUCCGAUCAACUUUACUAAAAGAUCCCAAGAUAGCGAGUCGCAUGGGAACAAACAAGAGUGGCAGCAAACAACGCCUCCCAUCCAGGGAAUUACUGGAGCGUCAGUUUCAGCAGUUGAAGCUAGAGAUCACUAACUCCACCCACUCCAUGCCUGACCUCUUUCAGUUGGUUCAAGAGCUCUGCAAUGCCGCUGAGAAGUAUUUUGUCUUGAAAAAACUCUUUUGGAAGAAUGAAGAUUUGUUUGAGUUUAUGAUCGCCCAGCUGAAUCGCUAUCUGCCCAAGUCGGAACUGAACCUACAGAACAAUGAGAGGGGACGACACCACAGGGCCGAUGAACUGGAGUUGGCUAUUCUGUUGAUUGAGAGCUUUGGGUUGAUGUUCCGUGAGACCGAGAUGGUACCAGGCAGACUCAGUACAGUCAAGGCUAACAACGGCAAAGCUGUGUUGGAUCUCGUAGUGGUGCUAACCUGUCUACCAGAAGUGCCUCAGCGAUGGCGACCGCCCAAAUCUAAAGCUCACUCCCUGAUGCUGGAGACUGAUGCUGACAGCUGGGAGACCUAUGGAGAUGCUGAGGUGUUCAAUCUGGUCAAGGACUUGACAGAUGCAUCCACAACGGUUCUGUUUGAGCUGAUCCUCAUCGCCCACCAGGCCAACUGGGGCAACACAGAGGGGCGCUUCUUCAACAUCUGCUGGAUCAUUAAGGUGCUGGAAUCACUGCAGACCACAACGUUUAAGUUUGUAGAGCGUUUGAUAUCCCGAGCGAUGCGAUUGCUGAUGCCGUCCAGUAGUGAGAUGCUAACGCCGGUCCAAGCCGUUCUGCUAUUCCAGCAGUUCUUUGUGCUCCAGACCCUCAUCCAGUACAGUAGUGCCAUCGCAGCGCACGUCCGCAACAAUUACACCGAGGAAUUCAGAUACUAUGUCCGUUCUCCUCACAUCGUUAACAAGCUCCCUCAGGAAUACCCCAUCACCAAGGUGACGUUACAACUGAUCAGUGAAGUCUUGAGCCACGUGCUGCAGGAACGUACUGUGCUCCAGGCCCCUCAGUAAUGCAAAGAUGAACCCCAAUGAGGGCGCUGUCAAGACGCUAUUUUGAAGACGUGAAGUUGACGUCAGUGACGCAAGCUUACAUGAUGCCACGUUUCAAAUGUUUACUUUUUAUGAACUUUUUAUUUUAGAUUGAAGUGCAGUUAUGAAACAUCUUCAAUAGUUAUAUUUUUCUGCUGUUUGUACACAGAAAUAUGGCAAUUUUUCAGCCUGAUAGGCUACAAAAUAAGGCUUGUGUCUAGGAGAAAGAGGAAUGAUGCUCUUCCUGGUUUUAAGGGUACAGUGUCAUUGAAAUGCCAUAAAAAUACAAAAUGAGAAUACAAAUACAGAACAAGUCAGAAUUGUAAUGAAUCCAACCACAAGUCAAUCACAAGUCAAAUGAAAAUUGAAAUCUGUUCAGGUCAUAAGUAAGAAGGGAUGAAUGGCUUGUGACUGAACUUGAAACUGCAUGACUUGUGAUGACUUGUGAUGACUUGUGAUGACUUGUGAUGACUUGUGAUGACUUGUGAUGACUUGUGAUGGCUUGUGUGAUGAAUUGUGAUGGUUUGUGAUGAAUUAUGAUAACUUGUGAUGACUUCAUCACAGCCCUGGAAACUUAGCACCUUUUCACUGGUUUCAUUCCUUUUAGUGGUCAGUAAAUUGUGUUAUUUACAAUGUAGGAUCUACAUAGGUUGCUUAUAGAGUACUAUGUAUAAGUAAUAUAUAUCAUCACUCUCCUUUGUCUUGUAUGGUAAAAGAGGGUGAAGUUCAGAUAAAAAAAUAGAAUAUAAUGAAAUGUAGUCAUAUUUUCGUUGUACUUUUAGAGUAAAUAGCUAUACUGGUUUUGAGACACUUAAAAUAAAAUUUUAUUUUCCUCGAGACUUAAUUCAAUAAAGAACCAAAGCAAUACAAUAAUUAAUCCAAAGGAAACGAAAUGAUUAACUUGAUGCAAAAUUCUUUUGUAUAAUUGUAGUGUGCUUUCGAUGAUUUAUAUCUUGUGUAAUUACAUUGAAAAUCUGUGCCUUGAUCAAAAAUGUUGUUUUGAAAGUAUAUAAACUGCUAUGUGCCUGAAUUGUUACAGUUUCACUGUAUCAAAUUGAUUCCAAUGAAAGACCAAACAUACUUUAUUUCAUGACUAAUUAACCCUUCCUGUUACCAAAUGUGCCUACAAAAUGAUUAUUAAGUGGCCUGCAUUUAAUUCGAAACUUAUCAAAAAAAAGAUAUAUUGAUGUAAUUACUAUAUUAAUGCUAUUUAUAUCAAAUCUACUAAUUUAGGAUAAUAAUAUAUUGGUGACGUUUUAUGCAAAAUUAUCAAUCUUCCCUUCGAAAAGAAUCCAUCAGCAAUAUGCUCUGUUUCGGGUAAUGAUACUGGAAAUUAACAAAUUAUAUCUAUUCGUCUGACUGAAAUGUGUUGUAUUCUUACUGCGUGUAUAUGUGAUGCUUUAAAAGUUGUAUGUAGUUGUAUGUGUGUGUUUAAUAGACGUAUAAUUUCAAGGGAGGUCGUUCAAGCAUCGAACAUAUUUGUUUUAAACUUCGGUUUUAUAUCUGAAAUCGGCUUCAAAGAAUUUUUUUCUUACAGGCUAAAAUAAGUUCAUGUUCUGCUUCAGAAUUAUCGUUAUUAAAUAUGAGACCAAACUAUUGGAUCUUUCCAUUUGGUGUGGAUGUUAAAAUGCUUUUAUAUGAUUCUGAUGCAGAGAUGGAGUAGAGGCCAGAACGAAGCCGGGCUUUGCUGUUCACGUGUUGCUUAUAUCAUAUAGAAGUUACAACAUAAUGCUAUGAAAAAUCGUAAUGUUGUGGAAAGAUUAAUUAUAGAACUUGAAUCGUCUUAAACUAGUUCUGACGUCUGUUGUGUUGUACAGUGUAGAGUAAAUCUUGGGAUCUGCAUAAGUGACAACACUGUGAUAGUUUUAAUUGUAUGCAAUUUAUCCCCGAAAAUCACCUUGAUUGUCAUAUACAUGUAUGUAUAUAUAUAUUAAAAAAAAUGCGCUCAAUAAAUUUUUUAUACUUUUUGACGUAAACUA